UCUUCCUCAUCCACACCACGCAGUCACGCGCACUCUCACUCACACGGAGAGAGAGAGAGAGAGAGACUAGACUAGUAGUACCAAUUAAUGGCGGCGCUCUCCUCCUGCUUACUCGCCGCCGUCCGACCUCAUCCUCCACCUCCACCUCGACCGCUCUCCCCUUCCUUCAUCCCCUCUGCCCUCCGCCACCGCCACCGCCUCAGCCAAGCGCCGCCCCUCGCCACCUCUCUCCCACGACCACGACCACCAUGGUGCCGCUUCUCCGCCUCCUCGCCGCCACCGCCACCCGACGACCCUGACGACUACGAGCUGUUGGACACGACAGGAAAUUGUGAUCCUUUAUGCUCCGUUGAUGAAGUUAGCUCACAGUAUUUUGAAGCUAACUACAAGCCAAAAAAUGAUCUUCUUAAAGCUUUAACUAUAAUAGCAACAGCUUUGGCUGGGGCAGCUGCAAUAAACCAUUCCUGGGUUGCUGAACAUCAGGACAUUGCAAUGGUGCUAGUGUUUGCUCUCGGUUAUGCAGGUAUCAUAUUUGAGGAAUCACUAGCGUUUAACAAAAGUGGAGUUGGAUUGCUCAUGGCCGUUUGCCUAUGGGUUAUCAGAAGUAUCGGGGCUCCAUCUACUGAUGUAGCAGUUCAAGAGUUGAGUCAUACAACCGCCGAAGUUAGUGAAAUAGUCUUUUUCUUGCUCGGUGCAAUGACCAUUGUUGAGAUUGUUGAUGCACAUCAAGGAUUUAAGCUAGUGACUGACAAUAUAUCUACUCGAAAUCCAAGAACUCUUCUCUGGGUGAUAGGGUUUGUAACUUUCUUCUUGAGUUCUAUCCUUGACAAUUUGACUUCCACUAUUGUGAUGGUUUCAUUGCUUCGGAAACUAGUACCUCCAUCAGAGUACAGAAAAUUGUUAGGCGCUGUUGUUGUGAUAUCUGCAAAUGCUGGGGGUGCAUGGACACCAAUUGGUGAUGUGACGACCACUAUGUUGUGGAUUCAUGGUCAGAUUACAACGUUGAACACAAUGCAGGGCUUGUUUCUUCCCUCAGUUGUUUCAUUGGCAGUUCCACUGGCUCUGAUGUCCCUCACGAGUGAAGCAAAUGGAUCUUCUCAGAAAUCUUCCAGCUUGCUGUCAUCAGAGCAGAUGGCUCCUCGAGGACAACUUGUAUUUGCUGUUGGCCUUGGAGCCUUAGUGUUUGUUCCAGUGUUUAAAGCUCUCACUGGGCUGCCACCUUUCAUGGGCAUGAUGCUUGGUCUUGCAAUUCUUUGGAUCCUGACAGAUGCGAUACAUUAUGGGGACUCUGGAAGGCAGAGAUUGAAAGUUCCACAAGCGCUGUCACGGAUUGAUACACAAGGAGUUCUAUUUUUCUUAGGAAUUCUUAUGUCAGUUGGCAGCUUGGAAUCUGCUGGCAUUUUGAGGCAGUUGGCGAACUAUCUCGAUGCCAAUAUUCCGAAUGCCGACCUUAUUGCAAGCGCUAUCGGUGUAGCAUCAGCAAUUAUAGACAAUGUUCCACUUGUUGCUGCAACAAUGGGGAUGUAUGACCUGACUUCAUUUCCUCAAGAUGCGGACUUUUGGCAGCUUAUUGCGUUCUGUGCUGGUACGGGUGGUUCUAUGCUUAUCAUUGGCUCUGCAGCAGGUGUGGCUUUCAUGGGAAUGGAAAAGGUGGAUUUCUUUUGGUAUUUCCGCAAGGUGAGUGGUUUUGCCCUUGCAGGUUAUGCAGCUGGUAUCAUCACUUAUCUAGCUGCACAAAAUCUCCCUCUAUCCCUUCCCACUUCACUAGCCGAGAUCCCAUUUAUCUCGGGGUCAUGAAAGGGUGACCAGAUUCAGGUAUGGAAAUGGACAUAUUUUAUUGUCUGGCCAGCUUAUGUAAGCAUAAUCAGGAUGUGUUGGCAAAGAAAAGAUGUCCCAUGAUUACAUGGGAUGGAAUAAACGAAAAAUAAAUAUAUGCCCUGAUCUCCAACCUCCAAGUUUCCCAACAUUGACCGGAAGGCUUUGGGGUGCUGGUGAACUAUGGUAUGCUAAGAGAGGAGCGAUUUUGAUAACACAAGCUUAGAGGCUAGAGCUGCACGCUUGUAAUUCACGAAUUCUAUUCCAUCUUGUUGAGAAGAAAAGAGGAGCUGCACCUUGUGUAAAAUUUGAAGAUCCUGAAAUCAUAUCAUCACUGGGUUUAUUUUUGCCCUGUUGUUUGCCUACACUUGUUGGGUACUUGUGUUUUCUGUACUCCGUUCGAGGAGGUGACCAUUGCUAUCACACUA